AUGGUGUGUGGAGCGAAUUGCUUAUGCCGCUGCAAAGCGUGCAACUGCCUCAAGGGCUAUGAAUGUGCUUGCUAUAACAACCCGAACUGGUGCGAAUGCAUGCAGUGCGGAAAGGGUGACGCCCACUGCAGAGAUAGCAACAAUAACCAGGCUUCCCAGGCUCUGCUGAAGGCUUCAGCAUCUGCGACUGAUCACUUGCUUGAUAGGGCACUACGUGCUGCAUGGAAAACUCCGGAUUUCAUGCCUGAGGAAACCGACUUUGCAGUCAAAUACGAGAAAAUCUUUGCGAAUCUCCAGGAGGCUUGUGCUGACCGAUUUCUCGCGGAAUUCGGCUAUGAGUUAGCUGGCGAACGAACCCAGCCUCCCCAGGGCACUCCAGGUCCGGUAUUUGAAUCCUUUAUCGGCUGCAACACUCCCUCUCCCGAGAACAUCAGCAACUAUAUCAAGCGAGCCAUCACCAAAGAUAUUCCGUUGCCGGAUUCGACCAAAGACGCGGCAACUGCUAGCCUGGUGUCUUUUAUCUCAUCCUCGCUUGUUCCAGGCAUGGAAGAUUUUGUCCUCAAUAAAUACGAACAGUCAUUCCCGGUACCCUCAGAACAAAAUGCAGAUGGUGUUCUCAAUGUUCAUGUAGUAACGGCGUAUUAUGAUAUGGAACUACCUGAGCAUGAACCAAAUCCGACAAGAUUCUUCUUCCUGUUCUUCUGCGGCUUAGGAGUCGUGGUUGAAAAUUGA